AUGGAAUUACCCCACAUUAGCUGGCAGUUAAAGGAACAAGCUCAUCUCCAUGACCUGAAUGAGCCUCUUACUGACCACUCAGAGGGCCAGCUCUUCUUAAAUUAAGCCAUUAUUAUGAUCUUGCUCUGCAAGGGCACAGGUGUCAAACAAAAGGUUUGUGAGUGGAAAUGGCCGGAGGAGCUGACUCUGCUCCUUUUCCUUUCAUUCCUUUAUAAUAUCAUAUGCUUUGUGGCCCCGUUGUUUGCGCUGACGAAGACUGAGGUCCAGAGAGGGCUGUGGCAGCAGAUUGGCUGGACAGAAGGUGAUGUAUGUUUCUGCCCUGGAUAUCUGGUGGAGCAGAUGAAGGAAAGAGAAGGGUUUCAUCCUUUGCAAGAGCCAAUUUGGAAUGUAUGCUUCUGAUUUAUACCACCCAGUAUGAGGGUGGAGGACGGAAAUGUAGAUUACCAGGACACACAGGCAAAUCUAGCUCCAGUCAUCAAGGAACUCAUGAUGAAACAAGGCAAGGGCUACCAACAUUUGGGAAACAAAGUCAACUUUUCCUGCGUUGUUGUUUUUUUUUUCCCAAAAGAUAUGGACUUCUUACUUGAUGAAAUUGAAAGACUGGGAAACGAUUUGUGA